AUGAGUUUUGAUCCUCUCUUGCCCAUCGCCCCGGCGAGGAUCAGGGCAUUGGUUGUACCCAUUGGACAGAUUAAGAAGGACCGGUUUUCCACCUUCGUAGAGAGGUUGAAUAGCGAGCAUGUUGUCUAUCUUCGCGACAUCACGCCUGAUAAGCGGCCAAACAGGAAUAUGUUCUCUCCUCUGGCAUUCCCCAGCGGCGCAAUGUUCUACGACCUUACGACACACGUGCCUCCACCGUCCCAUCUUGCGCUCUCGCCGUUCGACUUAUACAGGGAGCCUCUGGCGCUUAUAGCUAUUGCUGAUGGAGCAGAGAUUGAGAAUACCAUCUUCAGCAAGAGGCAGUCUGGAGGUGGCAGAACUGUGGCAGAACGAAACAUUCGGAACCUGGACCAGGACCUUGAGGAUCUGAGAGACACGUACCCCAAGAUCCUGGUGCAUCAGGUCUUGAUAUUCGACUAUAAUGCCUCGACCGAGAAUCCGAUAACGAUACCCGAUGGGCUUAUCACGAUCCCACCCGCCGAGCAACAUAUACGGACGACGAUGAAGGCCGUCAUGUGUGGUAUUUCCUCGCUUCUCCUAGCAGAGAUGACGGGUCUUGCCAAGUCUUUCGAGGCCAUGACCUUCAUAGACUCUCCAGGACAAUCGUCGGCGAUAAGUCACCUCAAUGGGUCUGCCUGGAAAGACGACGGUUCGGCCACACUGGCAAGGAGGAACUCCCAAUAUGCGAUGCCUACCAAUGCAAGGUCGAGCUCCGCAUCCGGAGUGGCUGACCGAAGUCAUGUUCGAAUGUCAAUGCCUCCUGGCUCAUUCAAGGCUUUGCCGCUUGGAUCGAGCACCUCCGCUCCUGCACGACCUUCGACGCCGGUCAAGAGCGGCCUGUCCAACCCCCCGACGACUUUCGACGACAUGUGGAACGAAAGCGACGCGGCAGGGACCAGGAGCCCAGAUCAGGCAGCGCCGGCACGUCCCGGUACUGCUGAGGGGUUUCGAGCCCAAAGCCACGAAAAAGUGUCGGUGCAAGGGUUCGGAUCAGGCGGACUGAACGAUAGGUGGAGAAAUAAGGGGAGAUGCAGGGUGCAGAUCGUGACCGGCUCGCUCUAUCUCCAAGCAGGCCGCUGGAGCGAUGCCAUCAAGGAGCUUGUUGAAGGCGCGAGCCUUGCAAAGUCCAUCAACGACCAUUUAUGGCACGGGAAGGCCCUGGAACUCACCCUCAUCUGCCUCCUAUUGUUGGGCUGGGCCGGCAUUGAGUUCCAAGUCCCUGCCGUUCUCCUACCGCCUCAGGAAAAGGCAUCCAGCACGAGCGCCUCAACUCGGGACACUGAGAGCAAGGACUCUGAACAACCCCGGUGGUUGCGAAACCUGCAGGUCACCAUGCCCGACCUGGUCGACAGAAUUAUGGCUCUCUACUCGAGAAUCUCUGCGGAGCACCUCCCCCCCCUACCUCUCUCCGAGGCUACAAUUCGUUUCUGCAAGAUGCUCUCCGCCCUGCAUGUUGCCGAGGGCCAGCUCUGCCAAGAGUCCUUGGAGAUUAUGGUACGCGGGAGGGCGCCAGGGAAGAUUCGAAGCCAGAUAACUUCAACCCUCUUCCGUGCCUUCCCGGCCUCGGCCUCUGCCUCGGAGCUGUUAACAACGAUUGACAGGAUAGUAAUUCUUGGAGGGAUAGUGUCGGUGCUGGGCGUUUUAGGUUUCCACAGGAAGAAGGCCAUGGUUGUGCGAGAGCUGGUUUCAGUCUUGAUCGGCGGUCUAGUCGAAGCCCGGACACGGGGUGCCGCCGAAGUAGGCAUUCAUCCUGCUGCCGGGCUCGUCGCCUUGAACGGGCUAAAUGGCCAUGGCAAUGGGUCGGGCGCACUCCAGCUCGCCGAAGACGACGUUGAGCAGGGAGUAGACGCGUUUCUGGGCAUUCUGCUCAAGACCUACGGCGUUGUCGGCUUCGACCUCGGGCCGGUCACCGAAGACGAAGCCCUCCCUGCAGGAACAGGUUCUCCCAGGGACGCUGACUCUGCGACCAUCGCGAGGAUCCAAAAGCACGUGAAACUCAGCGUCCUCCGAGCCUGCAUCAAUUUUUCCGAAGCACUGCCCGAUUUUGCGGGCGUGCUCAGGUUCUCAAGCGAUCUCUUGCGAACCGCGGGGCGUGGCAUUGCGCCCGGUCCGAGGCGUGAAGACGCGUCCCCUGCCAUCACGAAGGACGAGCAGGUUCGUCUGAUGACCAACAUAUCGAAGACAUCGAGUCUGGCAAAACGCCUGGGGUUGGAUCACCUCGCCGCCGAGUAUUGGGACGAAUUCCUCUUGAGAGGAGUGAAGCUCGAGCCGCUGGCAGCAACCCGAACACCGAUCCCCCAUGCCAAGGGCAUCCUCCCAGAGGCCACUACGGCGAGAGCUUCUCAAGAUCAGCCGGACAAGGCUGCCGUCGACAGGAUCGUCAACACUUACGAGAUUGAGGUGGAGAUUGAGAAGAUACGGCUUGACACGGAAGGCGUCGACUUCGUAUCAUCGACGGAGAGCACUAUUAUCGGGCCGUACCGGACACAAAUACUCAAAAUAGCUGGCACGGCAACGAGUGCUGGUCCUCUGAGCAUCACCGGCGCGAUAGUCCAGAUCCGGGGCUGUCGGGAGAGGAGGUUCCCCAUAUUUCCUCAACCAUGGGUUCCCCAGACUGAAGCGAAGAUCAAGGCAAUUGGCCUUGCGGCCUUUGAUAGGCAUCUCAGCUUGUCGGCCUCGGCACACCCACUCGAGCCGGAGCGUCUUGAGCUCAGCGUCAUUUCCGAGCAGCCUGUUGUGGUUGUGAAGUCUUCUACCCUUCCACAAUCGUCGGUCAUGAUCCUAGAAGGAGAGCGCCAGACCUUCUCUGUCACACUGCAGAAUCUGUCCACUACGACGCCUGUCGAUUUCCUCCUCUUCUCUUUCAAGGACUCGACCCUUGAGCCGCUCCAAGCAGCAUUGAAUAGCCGUGAAGCGACGUCAGCGGAGCUGUACGAAUACGAACUCAUCCUAGCCAGGAAACAGGCUUUACGCCUGCGGAACGGGGCGGAUAAGAAGCGGUUCAUCGCGCCUGGCCAGACUGCGACUUUUGAAUUCGAAAUCCUUGGGAAGCCCGGCUUGACGAAUGGCCUCAUACAAAUCGACUACGCACAUCUAGGUGUCCCGCACGAUGAAGUUGGAGACAAGUUCUAUACCCGGCAGGUCUCACUGGAGUUGACCGUCACCGUCAAUGCUAGCAUCGAGGUUUCCAGGAUCGAUGUUCUGCCGCUCCAUGGGAGCAUCCCCGAACCACUCUGGAGGCGGAUGGGCCAUGACGAGUACGGCCCUGAGAUGACCGCUGACCAGUACUUCCUGCUGAUGCUCGACCUGCGGAAUGCGUGGCCGAGCGACAUGAGCGUUCGACUCGAGGUUGAGGACGGCGCGAUGGUUGAAGAGCAUAUCCUCCCUGGGAACACAAGUCGUGUGAUUCUCCCUCUACGGAGGAUCUACUUGGAAGAUCCCCACGCCUUCAUACCCGCGCUCAAUCCCUCGAGACAGCGCCAAUUUGUUGUCAGCACCAAAAUCUCACCCGAUGUUGAGCGGGCGAACCGAGAGGCAUUCUGGUACAGGGAAAGGAUCCUGGACUCCCUGAAGGGUACCUGGAAGUCCAACUCGGGAGCCACCAGGAGCGGGACCGUGGAGCUCCGCGGUAUGCGUCUGACAACUCGCAUGAUCGACGCCAUCAAGGUGGAUGAGAUCGGCAUCGAGAUUUCGGUGCACGACCCAGACGAAGACGAACAUUCGGACGAGCAGAGGAAGAACGUCGUGUUCGUGGACGAGUUCGUCCAGCUCAACGUCCGUGUCACCAACCGAACGGAGCAGCCCAUCUACCCGCUACUCCGGAUCAUGCCGGCCCUGUGCCACCGUCCCCUGAACGUCGCCCUGGACUUCACGCGCAAGUUUGGCUUCAACGGCACCCUGCAGCAGCCCCUCCAGCUCCUGCCGGGCAAGUCGAGCGUGGACGCGUCCAUCGGCGUGACGGCGCUGUGCCGCGGCGAGUUCGAGGUCACGGCAUCGGUGGAGGAGACGCAGCUGUGGAAGCCCGUCACCGAGGAGGAGAAGAAGAGGUCGUCGGCGAGGCCGAGAUCGGAUACCCAGACCAUGAUGGAUGCGGCGCUCGGGGCGAAGGAACGCCGGAUAUGGCAUUCGAGACAGCCGUUCCGCCUCGUUGCUUACACAACAUACCCAUCCAUACCCGCUAACAUGGCCACCACGCCCGGCGCCUCCGCCGCCCGGCCGCGGAUCCUGUUCAUCGACGCCCACGACUCCUUCUCCAACAACAUCGUCGCCCUGCUGACCUCCCUCCUGGGCGCCGACGUCUCCGUCCUCCCUAUCGGCUCCCCGCACCUGCCCCCGGCCGGCUCCCCGGACCUAGCCCGCCUCCUGCGCGCCGAGCUAGCCGGCUGCGCCGCCGUCGUGUGCGGGCCGGGGCCGGGCUCGCCCGACAACGACGCCGACGUGGGCCUCAUGCGCCUCGUCUGGGAUCUCCCCGACGCCGACGUCGUCCCCGCCCUGGGCGUCUGCCUCGGGUUCCAGAGCAUGGUCGCGCACUACUGCUCCGGAGGCGGCGGCGUCCGGAGGCUGCGGAGGGGCCUGCACGGGAUGGUGAGGGCGAUUGAGCACGCGGGCGGCGGGGCGGCGGGGGCGGCGGAGGGAGGGGACAUAUUCCGCGGCGUCGGCCCGUUCAGGGCCACGCUGUACCACAGCCUCGGCGCCGACGUCGGCCAGGACGGCGUUGCGGCCGCGGACUGGGACGCCACGGCGGCGCGAUGGCGGCCGUUGCCAGGGUGUCCGGACGUCGUGCCGCUUGCGUGGGUGGAGGAGGAGCGCGGCGGAGGAGCGGCGAGGGAGAGGAUCCUCAUGGCGGCUAGGCACGCGCGCCGGCCGUUCUGGGGUCUGCAGUAUCACCCGGAAUCGGUCUGCACCGAGGCCGAGGGGGACCGCGUCGUCGCGAACUGGUUCGCCGAGGCGAUGAGGUGGAACCGGGCGCGCGGGAGGGUGCUGACGGCGGCGCCGGCGGAGGGGACGCUUGCGCGGAGCGCGACCAGGCCCAGCCUGCUGUCGCGGCUGCCGGCGCUGGGCGGUGCGGCGGAGGGGGGUUGGUGGAGGACUUUUGGUCUCGAUCACGAGUUCCAGUCGGCGACGGUGCCUCUGCCUGGUCACGUACUGGUCCCGGACAUUGUCGAGGCGCUCGGGGCGAAGGCGUCGGAGCAGAUCGUCCUGGACUCGGCGAACGCCGACUUGCCUGCGCCGACUGAUGCGGUGGCCGAUGUGCGUGGCAGGUAUAGCAUCAUUGCCCUGGACGUCGCGGACUCGCUGCGUAUCGAGUAUCACACUGGAGAUGACCAUGCCACGGCGAGCCUGCGGUCGAUUGCGGACAUCCCGGUUGGCAUUGCGGAGAAGAUUCCCCUGGACGGCUAUGGGGGUAUCUGGAACCUGCUCGCAGACUUCCAAGACAAACGACGCCUAGACAUGACGGCUGACUUUGACACGCCAUUCAUGGGUGGGUUCAUGGGCUACAUCACCUACGAACAAGGCCUAGAAGGCAUUGGGGUCAAGCUGCAUGAGCCUCGGGGACAUCACCGCCCAGAUAUCUGUCUCGCGUGGAUCACAAGGAGCAUCGUCAUCGACCACAGGAACGGCCUGCUCCACGUACAGCAGCUGAAACCACGGGUUAAGAAUGAGGAUACCUGGCUUGAGAAGACGACUGCAAAGCUGCAGGAUUCAUACAUCUGGCAGAGUCGCACGUGUCCCAUGAUCACCGUCGUCGAGGGCCGGCUGCCGGGGAGGAGGGAUGGCGGCGGCGGCCAGGCGCCCGGGGCGCACACCGGCCUGGACGUGCUCGCGGCGAGUCUGCCGCCGGGAAGCAUGACUGGGGCCCCGAAGAAGAGAAGCUGCGAGAUACUGCAGCAGAUCGAAGAGCGCCAGGAACGGAGCCUGUAUUCGGGCGUCGUGGGUUACAUGUGCGCCUCGGGCAGGGGAGAUUGGAGCGUCACCAUCAGGAGCAUGUUCCGCUGGGAUGACGAGAAGGGAGGACCCGAGCCCGCCGGAGAGCCGCUCGAGGUCUGGCGGAUUGGGGCGGGUGGCGCGGUCACGAUUCUGAGCACCCCUGAAGGCGAGAGGGAGGAAAUGUUCACGAAACUUGCUGGGCCGCUCGGCGAUGACGAGGAGGAAGCCGACGGCAAGAAUGAAGGAGAGGGCGAUGAUGGUCUUGAGCCCUGCGUUCGGCAUCUUGAACUCGGGGGGGGGGGUUAUCCUCCUUGUGAACCCCCCGGCUUGCCAUCAUGUUCAGGAACAAUUACGAUAACGAUUCCGUCACAUUCUCUCAGCUCGCCGCAAGGACGGAUAUUCCAAGUCGAGUAUGCGGCGGAAGCUGUGAAGCAAGGAUCGGUGGUGGUUGGAAUUGCCAGCAAGUCCCAUGCCGUCAUAGUUGCCAUCAAGCGUAAUGCCGAAGAACUGUCGUCGUACCAAAAGAAGCUCUUCCAGAUCGACGAACACGUCGGAAUCGCCAUCGCCGGCCUGACGUCCGAUGCGCGGGUGCUCUCCAACUUCAUGAAGCAGCAAUGCCUGGGCCACCGGCUCACAUACGGGCGCGACAUGCCCCUGCGGAACCUCAUCGACAUGAUCGGCGAGAAGGCGCAGAUCAACACGCAGCACUACGGCAAGCGGCCGUACGGCGUAGGCCUACUCGUGGCGGGCGUCGACGAGCGCGGCCCCCACCUGUUCGAGUUUCAGCCCAGCGGUAUGACUGAGGAGAUGGUCGCCUUCGCCAUUGGCGCGCGCAGCCAGAUGGCGCGGACAUAUCUGGAGAAGAAUAUCGACAAGUUUGCCGACUGUGACAAGGAGGAGCUCAUACGGCAUGGCCUCAAGGCGCUGAAGGAGAGCUUGGUGCAGGACAGGGAGCUUACCAUCGAGAACACCAGCGUCGGUGUCGUGGGCAUUGUCGCAACGGACGGCGGCAAGAGGAAGGUCGAGCCGUUCAAGAGCCCGUUGACAUUCAGGACGCAGAUGCCCCUGUUGUGGAUCCCCAGCUGGUUCCACGUGGCCGUCUCGAACAGCUCCUCGAUGGUGCCGAAGCCGCCGCUGAGGGCGAUGAAGCCGCUGCCGGGGCCGCCGGCCACCACCUCCCGCACCAUCAUCUGCUUCCGGGUGUGCAUGUCCUUCACCACCGUCGUCUUGCCGAACACCUUCUCCUCCGGCACCGCCAGCAAGGCCUCCCCGUUUACGCUCUUCGACGUGUAG